AUCCUCUCCUUCUCUGUCUGGGUGCUUCUCUCUCUCGCGGCUCUUGACCAACCCGCUGCAGCCUACUUUCUACAGAGCGAGCGCCAUGUCAGGCAAGGACAUCGAAAAGGCGGAGGAGUCGUACGUGUCUGAGAAAAGCUCUGAGGGGAGUGGAUCUCCGUACGUCGUUGAUGAGGAGGCAGAAAGGCGGCUAGUGAAGCGCCUCGACAUGAGGAUUAUUCCUGCUUCCAUGAUUAUCUACCUAUUAUGUUUCCUCGACCGGUCAAAUAUUGGCAACGCAAAAGUCCUCAAUAGUGAUGUCGGCGACUCCCUCAUGCAAACUCUCGGAAUCAGCAACUCCGACUACCUCACGGCUCUCAUGAUCUUCAUCGUUGGUUACACCAUCUUCGAAACGCCCUGGACGUACAUGAUAAAGAAGUUCCGACCGUCUCGGACGUUAGCCCUGCUGAUGUUUUCGUGGGGCCUUUUAACUAUCAUCCUUGGAUGCGUGACGAACUAUGGUGGACUCGUCGCCGUACGCUUUCUCCUUGGCUCGUUCGAAGCUGGUCUCUUUCCUGGUCUGGUGUAUUAUCUUACUUUCUGGUACACUUCUCGAGAACGUGCCGUCCGCAUCGCUCUCAUUCUUGCCUGUGCCACCCUAGCCGGUGCAUUCGGUGGUGCCAUCGCAUACGGUGUGGGCCACAUGAACGCCGCCCUCGGGCACGAAGCCUGGCGCUACCUCUUCUGGAUCGAAGGCGUCCCCUCCUGUGUCUCCGCCCUCCUCGUAAUCUUCAUCCUCCCCGACUUCCCAGAAAACUCAACCUGGCUCUCGCCCUCCGACCGCACCCUCGCCUCCGCCCGUCUUCAAGGAAUGGCCUCCCUCGGACACUCCACUAUCACAUGGGCCGAAGCUAAGCAGACGCUGUUGGAUUGGAGACUUUAUCUCCAUUAUUUGGUGUAUAUCUCGAUUUCGGUCCCGUUCUCGAGUAUUUCGUUGUUUGCGCCGACUAUUGUAGCCGGGUUAGGAUAUGAAGGGUUGGACGCGCAGUUGUUUACUGUGCCACCGUACGCGAUCGCUUUUGUGAUUACGGUGGCGGUGGCCUGGGUUUCGGAUAGGUAUGAGGCGAGAGCGUGGGGGGCGUUUAUCUCGUUGGUUAUUGCGGGUGUCAGCUUUUUGAUUGAAGGCGCAUUACCCGGCGAUUCCUUCAAAGCACGCUAUGGCAUGCUCUGCAUGGCUGUCACUUUCUCGUUCGCCAGCAUUCCACCUCUCCUCAGCUGGCUCACGGCCAACUUGAGAAGCACGGGGGCUUCCACGCUCGCUGUGCCACUCAACGUAUCAAUUGGCCAGCUUGGCCAGAUCGUUGGUGUUUAUAUAUUCAAGUCAAGUGAAGCACCAGGGUACCCAACAGGUCAUUUCACGAAUGCCGGGUUUAUUCUCGAGGGUGCCGUUGUAGUACUCGUUCUUCGUUAUAUCUAUGUGCGGAGGAACAGAGCACUCGCACCUGGGGAAAGGUUGUGGUGUUUGUAAGAUUAGGGUCUCGUAGUGAAGAACUAUAAUUUUUCGUUCCUCUCUCAAUGUAUUACAGUAACGAUAUCUGCAC